CCAAACGUUCACCAAAAGCUACUCUUAGUACAUUAAGUUCAAGGAACUGAAAAACAUGUCCCCCAUGAUUUCCUUCCUGCUCUUCACUUCCUUAACUAUUCUCUCCAUUGCUAGAGCUCAAGAUAGAGCUCCCCAUGGGGUCGCUUAUGAAAACCCCACAGCUUUUUCACCAUCAGCGUAUGACUUCUUUCAUCCAAAUAUUCGUAACCCAAAUACCAAAGAGCCUUGUAACCUGUCCAAUUGCUCGCCCUUGCCUAUGGCAGCACAAGUAGUUGAAGCCACUCCAGCGCAUGAGAGCAGAGCAUCCACUUCCCAGCAUGGCAGGGGCCGAGUUGGAGCUGGUGGGAUUGCUGGCAUUGUAUUCGGCUUUGUUUUUGCUGUGCUUUUGGCGAUGGGUGCCUACUAUGUAGUGAUCACGCGUCGAGCCAAUACAAGUCGGACCAAUUGCGUUCAACCUGAUGCUUAAUCGACAUGCUCACCACAGGAAGCUUUAUGAAACUUAGGCCUCCGCCCUUCUUGUCUGUUUCUUUUCGUGUUUCUCUUUCGUUUCUUCACAUUUUGUUCAGCUUAUGGAAUGUAGCCGUAAUACUCUAGUGAUAAGCUGCAUAGUAUUUCACAA